AAGUGACAUUCGACACUUACCGCCAGGCGUCCGCUCGAAGUUCCCUGCUCGUCGUCCACGAACAAGCCGCUGUGGGAAUUCGAUUCAUCAUGCCGCUUGAAAAUUUGGAAGAUGAGAGCUUAGAGAAAAAUCCAAACCUCCAUCUGGCGCAGAUAAAGUUUCUGCUGGCCCACCACGAGCCCGGAAAUGACAAGCUCAAGCAGGACCUGAUGACCGCCAUCACCGAGAACAACAUGGCUCCGUUCUAUGAAGAGACCUGCAACGAGCUGGGCUGGCAGAUGGACAACAAGCUGCUGACGAACAUGAAGGCCGCUAACGCCACACAGAUCGAGAAGUUGGACUCCGCAAUCGAGGACGCCGAGAAGAACCUGAGCGAGACGGAGGUCCGGGAGGCCCACCUGGUGAAGGCGGAGUACCUCAGCCGGAUCGGAGACAAGGAAGCGGCCCUGACGCAGUUCCGCAAAACGUACGACAAGACAGUGUCCCUGGGCCACCGGCUGGACCUGCUGUUCCACAUGAUCCGCAUUGGCAUCUUCUACCUGGACCAUGACCUCAUCACACGGAACAUCAGCAAGGCCAAGAGCCUGAUCGAGGAAGGCGGGGACUGGGACCGGCGCAACCGGCUCAAGGUGUACCAGGGCAUGUACUGCCUGGCGGUGCGGGACUUCAAGGGCUCGGCCUCAUACUUCCUGGACACGGUGUCCACCUUCACCUGCUACGAGCUCAUGGACUACCAGACCUUUGUCACAUACACCGUGCUCGCCAGCAUCAUCUCCCUGCCACGCGUGGAGCUCAGGGAGAAGGUUGUGCAGGGCUCGGAGAUUCUGGAGGUGCUUCACGGGGCUCCUGACAUCAGCGAGUACCUGUUCUCCCUGUACCGCUGCCAGUACGCCCUUUUCUUCAGGAAGCUGGCCCACGUGGAGCGUCUGCUGAAGCGGGACCGCCUGUGCGCCCCCCACUACCGGUUCUAUGUGCGGGAAAUGCGCAUCCUGGCCUACUCGCAGCUGCUGGAGUCCUACCGCAGCCUCACCCUGCAGUACAUGGCCGACGCCUUUGGGGUGACCGUGUCCUUCAUUGACCAGGAACUCGCCCGGUUCAUAGCUGCGGGGCGGCUCCACUGCAAAAUCGACAAGGUGGGAGAGGUGGUAGAGACCAACCGUCCCGACAGCAAGAACUACCAAUACCAGGCGUGCAUCAAGCAGGGUGACAUCCUGCUUAACAGAAUACAGAAGCUGAGCCGCGUCAUCAACAUCUGAGAGGCCUCUUUGCCCGCGCGCCUCCACAAAGUGCCAGCCCCCUUUCGUUUCUUCGACUGCGAGACUAGGAGCCUUCUCUUUUGAUGAAAUAAACACUCAAAACUCGGAA